AAGUUCAUUUGAGUUCACGGGAAAUGAGGAGACUGGACUGAAACGCAGGAAAUCGAAAAUCACGAAAAUAGUUGAUGAUUCUCCGCCAUCAACAUCAGGAUGGUAUCCUGUUGUUGUCUCUCUUGGUGACACUGAUCGUCCUAGGUCAACAUCCAUCAGCAAAGCUCCUGACGAUAGAGCAUCAGGGGCUGAUAUCAAAGUGGAAAUCACCAAGUUUUUGGAGGAGCUGAUUGAGAAACAUCCGGAGACAUUGGAUGUCAUCGAGAAUGUCCGUCAGAGUAGGCUUGGACGAAGUUCUGCAUCGCAUCGUGUCCCGCAAAUGUUAAGAGCGCCGACAAGACGACGAUCGUCAUCAUCUUCAGUAGUAGCAUUGUCGGACAUGGCGCUGAAGGAUGGUACCCAUGUUGCUGCAGGUCACGAGGACACUUCUCAAGGAGCUGUGCAUUCAUUUCAAGAUGCUGAUGGAAUGUGGUGGACAUACGCUUUUGAUGAGCACGGAGUAGGAACAGCACAACCUCUUGGCUCUGGACGUGCCCUCAUGGAACUGCUGCAAAGCACUCAAGACCCGCCUUUGGGAAGAAACCGUUUAGAUGUAUGUCCAUAUGGUUUUCACUGCUAUAGAAAGGAGCACAUUUGA